GGAGAGACAGCGCUAGGUGCAGGGGAAGCCGCUAUUGGUACGCAGGGAAUUGACAGCAGCCCCCUGAGUGCAGGAGGCAGCCAGGCAGAGCGAGCGACAGCCCGGAGCAGCAGCAUCCCGCUCCUGCCCGAACCACGUCUCUCCCCGCGGCAACUCUGAGCGCCACCGGCCGCCUCCCUCCGGACACCGCCAUGGACUCCCCACAGAAGCCGCCCCUCGCUCACCUCUUCAAAGGGACCUUCGUGCACGCCACCCGCUCCUCGCCCAUGGACGUGCUGCAAGGCCACCUGCUGGGCGUGGGCGAUGACGGGAGAAUUGUGUUUUUGGAGCAAGCAGAUCAGCAAGAGCAACUAGCUAAGAAGUGGGGCUUCAAAGCAUCUGAUAUAAGAGAGCUUAGUAGUCAUGAAUUCUUCAUGCCAGGAAUGGUUGAUACACAUAUCCAUGCACCUCAGUAUGCAUUUGCUGGAACAAGAGUAGACCUACCUCUUUUGGAAUGGUUAAACACAUAUACAUUUCCAACAGAAGCCAAAUACAAAGAUAAUGAUUUUGCUGAAGAAGUAUACACCAGAGUUGUAAGAAGAACGCUAAAGAAUGGCACGACUACAGCAUGCUACUUUGCAACAAUUCACACAGCUGCUUCUUUGCUACUUGCUGAAAUUAUAGAUAAAUUUGGUCAGCGAGCGUUUGUUGGAAAAGUUUGCAUGGAUAUCAAUGAAAUUGUUCCAGAAUACAAGGAAACCACUGAUGAAUCUCUCAAGGAGACAGAAAGGUUUGUUAAAGAACUACUAGAAAAGAAAUAUCAAAAGGUACAACCCAUAGUGACGCCUCGUUUUGGACCUUCCUGCACUGAGAAGUUGCUGAGUAGACUUGGUGACUUUGCGAAGGCUCGUGACAUCUAUGUGCAGAGUCAUAUAAGCGAGAAUGAUGGAGAAAUCAAACUUGUGGAGCAAAUGUUUCCUGACUAUAAAAAUUAUACUGAUUUAUAUGAUAAAACCAAGCUACUUACAAGCAAGACUGUGAUGGCCCAUGGCUGUCAUCUCUCUGACGAAGAGCUGAAACUUUUUAGUCUUCGAGGAGCUGCAAUUGCCCAUUGCCCCAAUUCAAACUUUUCGUUGUGCAGUGGCAUUUUAAACGUACAAAAUGUUCUGAAGCACAAUGUGAAGCUUGGUCUUGGCACAGAUGUUGCUGGUGGGUAUUCAUCUUCUAUGCUUGAUGCUAUCAGGAGAACGAUGUCUGCAUCUAAUACCCUUCUACUCAAUAAAGUGAACAAUACAGUCUUAACUCUUAAAGAAGCUUUCAGACUAGCAACUCUUGGAGGGAGCCAAGUCCUAGGACUAGAUGAUGUGAUUGGAAACUUUGAAGUUGGCAAAGAAUUUGAUGCACUGCUGAUCAACCCCAAGGCUUCAGACAGUCCUUUUGACUUGUUUGCUGGAGAUACUUUUGAGGAUAUUAUCCAGAAGUUCCUGUAUCUAGGUGAUGAUCGGAAUAUUAAUGAAGUAUAUGUGGCAGGCAAGCAAGUGGUUCCUUUUUCAAAUAGGGAAGAUGAAGGGCACAGAAGUGAAGUGAUUUUGUCUAACAUCAAUGAGUUUGAAAAACAAACCCCGGUCUAG